CAGAGUUGACGUGGCCGUGCAUGACCGCAUAGAAAUACGCAUAUUUCAUCAUAUGCAGCUGUAUUUUAAUUUCUAUAGCUAUUUAAACGCACAAAACGUCAAACGAGAAAACAAAAUCGAACAGACUUUAAACUUUUUAUUGGAGAAAAAAAAUUUGCAAACAUGAGUUUGGUGUGGACUUUGAUCGCCACUUUUCUGUACGCAGAAAUUGGAGUGGUUUUGCUGCUGGUGCUACCCCUUUUCUCCCCGUACAAAUGGAAUCGUUUCUUCAAAUCCAAAUUCCUGUCUAUGCUGGCACAGCAGGCGCAUCUAUACUUUUUCCUAAUUAUGGGUGUGCUGGUGCUGUUCCUGUUGGAGGCAAUUCGCGAAAUGCGCAAGUAUUCCAACCAUGAGAACUCCGGUGAGGUGCAUCUUAACGUGGAGAUGCAGCACAGCAUGCGCCUGUUUCGCGCCCAGCGCAACUUUUACAUUUCCGGCUUUGCGAUAUUCCUUGUUCUUGUGAUACGUCGUCUGGUCACACUGAUUUCGGCACAGGCCAAUCUGCUGGCUCAGAGCGAGGCCUCCAUGAAGCAGGCCCAGAGCGCCACUGCCGCAGCACGCUCCCUGAUCAACGAGAAGACCGACAAGGCCAAGGAGGCCACCGAGGAUACCACACUGAAUGAGCUCAACAAGCUGCGGGAACGUGUCCAGGAACUGACCGCCGACUUGAAUCGCGAAAAGAAGGAUAAGGAAGCAGUCAAGUCGCAGGCGGAGAGCUUGAACCGUGAAUACGAUCGGCUCACCGAGGAAUACAGCAAGCUGCAGAAACAAAUCACUAUUGGUGCAGCUGGCGGUGCAUCCAACAAGGAUGACUAAGCGUGAAGGCGCUCGGUGCGAGCAAAAAAUAAACAUUUAAAGAACGAUAAGACUUAAUCAUGGCGGUCGGGGCGAAGGCAUCAAAUGGAAAUAUUUCAAGAUUAUGGAAGAUUAUAAAUUGACAACAUAACAAACCCAACACACACACACCCGUAAACAAUAAAAGCUUAGUUCUUAGUACACAA